UCUGUGCGUGAUGAGUGUGUGUUGUGGACGGAUGGAUGAAUGAUAGAUGGAUGAAUGGAUCCGAGCUGGAGCUGAUGAUGGUUCUUCUGUAGUUCUCUAUGAUGGAGAGCGUUCCUGAGCAGGAGCAGCUGCUGAUGUUCCUCAGGAAGCUGAAGGAGGUGUUUGAUGUUUGUGAUGAAGAUGCUGAUGGCUUCAUCCGCGUGGAGCAUUUGGUGGAUCUCGGGCUUCAGUUCGGUCGAGGAGAUGAGGAGAUAAAGAAGUUUGCUAAGUUCCUGGACCCCGAUGCCAACGGCAGGAUCAACUUCAAGGAUUUCUGUCAUGGCGUCUUUGCUAUCAAAGGCUGUGAGGAGAUCCUGAACAGUGCCCUGGCGACUCCCCCUGUCAACAAUCCACCCUAUCAGACUGAUAAUGGCUACUACUAUCAGCAUGGCUCGGCUGGACUCGGCCCUCCCGUCAUUAUGUGCACUGAGCCGUACCCGGAGUGCCCGCUGUACCCAGGGGAGGGUCCGACCGGGCGGGACACGCAUGAGUCCGACAUGGACAGUGGAGCGGCAUCUGAGACGUCUGAUGGGGGUCGUCAUGACGACAAAGAGGAAGGCCUUGGAGGGCUGUUUCUACCAGGAAACAACUCCUGCCAACUUAUCCCUUCGGCCUCAGCCUCUGUGAUUUCGGCUGAGGAACAGUUUGAGGAUUAUGGGGAGGGGGAGGAUGUGGAUUUUACUCCCAGCAGCCCCUGCCCCGACGACGACACUCGAACCAAUGGCUUCUCUGACCUUGGCUCCUCACUGCCCUCCAGUGCUGGUCAGACACCUCAGAAGAUCAGACAUCUCUAUAACAGUGAGCUGCUGGACGUGUACUGCUCACAGUGCUGUAAAAAGGUCAACCUGCUGAAUGACCUGGAGGCCCGGCUAAAGAACCUCAAGGCGAACAGCCCAAACAGAAAGAUCUCCAGCACUGCUUUCGGGCGUCAGCUCUUCCACCACAGUAACUUCAGCAGUAGUCAGGGAAGUACAGAAGACCUGUUCAGAGACAGCAUCGACUCCUGUGACAUAGACAUCACUGAGAAGGUGAGCUACCUGGAGAAGAAGGUGUCAGAGCUGGAGAACGACAGCCUGGCUAACGGAGACCUGAAGUCCAAACUGAAACAAGAAAACACACAACUCGUUCAUAGAGUGCAUGAACUGGAGGAGCAGAUUAAAGACCAGGAGACGAGGGCAGAGCAGAGUUUGGAGGAGGAGCUGAAGAGGCACAGAGAAGUUUACAGCAAAAUGGAGAGAGAUAAAAGCACUGAGAUAGAGCUGCUGAGUAACAGGGUGCAGCAGCUGGAGGAGGAGAACGCAGAGAUGAAGGUGAACGUUUGCAGACUGAAGUCCCAGACUGAAAAACUGGACCAGGAGAAGCAGCGUAUGACAGAUAAGCUGGAGGACACCAGUCUGCGUCUGAAGGAUGAGAUGGACCUGUACAGGAAGAUGAUGGACAAGCUGUGGCAGAACCGACACGAGUUCCAGAAAGAACGAGAGGCCAUGCAGGAGUUGAUAGAGGACCUGCGGAGGGAGCUGGAGCACCUGCAGCUGUUUAAACUGGAAACGGAGCGGCCGGGCCGGGGGCGGACAUCCUCGGCCGAGUUUAACGCCAGAACACGAGAGAUUGAGCUGGAGCACGAAGUUAAGCGCCUCAGACAGGAGAACCAUAAACUCCGGGAUCAGAAUGAUGAUCUGAAUGGGCAGAUCCUGAGCCUCAGUCUGUACGAGGCUAAAAACCUGUUCGCCUGCCACACCAAGGCCCAGUCUCUCGCCGCCGAGAUCGACAAUGCCUCCAGAGACGAGCUGGUCGACGCCUUGAAGGAACAAGAGGAGAUCAAUUUCCGUCUCAGGCAGUACAUGGACAAGAUCAUCCUGGCCAUCCUGGACCACAACCCCUCCAUCCUGGAGAUCAAGCAUUAGAGCUGCUGCAGACACCACCGAGCCCUGCUGCCCUCGUGUUGCCAGGAAGAGAACUGCAUCAAAAAAUCCACUCAUGCUCAUGCAAUUCUGUGCUGUCUCUCUCUCACACACACACACUCACACACACUCACUCACACACACACAUCGGUUUACCUUCACACUCACCGCCAUGCCAGAGUCCAGAGCUGACACGCUGCAGGUGUUUAAGAUAAGGGACAGAACUGGAAGCUGCAUCUCUCACUAUAGAACACACUACCUCUCUGGAUCAGCAGUGAUUUCAGAGCUUCUCCACCUGAACACAGUCAGACCAGCACUAAUUACUGCAGCACUUGACCCUAGUCUUACAGAAAGCCGUGUGUGUGCAGGCAGGACCUUCCUCAUAGUCUCUUUUGUUGUCGUUGAACAGCACUUCUCUUAGGGCUGAAUUAUUUUUUUUUUGCAAACUGGAGAAAUUGAAGAAUUACUCACUAAUAUAUGCGUAUCUGCAAAAAUGCAAACAUUUAGUCCAGUGAAAUUUGUCUUAGGCCACUGACAGACUGGAACAAAUUGAUAGAAUAGCUUAAAAAUAAAAAUGUUUAAAGUAAAUAUACAGUUUUACGGUGCACUUCUGCUCAAAUGACACAUGUUCUAAUGACACGUGUGAAUAGUGAACAAAUCCUCUACAGAAAAUUAUAGACACAAUUUCUAUGAAUUUACUUUAUUUUCCAACAUACAGUUACAAAUAUAUUUUACAAAUGCGACCUAAUAGUGCCCCUUGUGGAUACUUUAAUAUUACAUGUGAGUAUACUGUAAUUAGUGUGAUUUAUUAAGACAUCAAGUAACAAAAGAAGAUGUUUACUAUUUUUGGUCCAAUUUGCAGAACAUUAGCCUCUGAAACCUAAACUAAAGCCUCUCAUUAGUCCCUGUUCACUGUUCAGUCACUGUUUCUGACUCUGGCAGUGGCAUGGUGCCAACCAAGCUGAUGAAUCAGUUGUGCCCCAGAAACUAGAACUCUGUAAUAAACGUCAGGAAGACAGUUUGUCUUCAGCGCACAGAAGCAGAAGCAUAAUUCAGCCCUCAGACCAUGAAAGAGUUUUGGGUAAGAAUGGAAUCCCCCCUCUAUACGUUUUUCAGAGGAUCGGAUGAUCAGUGUUCUCAGUCUGUGUGAUUCCUGACAGGCUAUUAGGAUAUUCACUGCAACACCGUGUCCCACAGUGUGAGUAGAGUAGUGUAUGUAGUGUAUAGUAAGUAUACUAGUAUAGUGUGCUACACUGGUAUUAGUAAGACACUGGUAGUAGGGAGUUCAGUUGGCCACAUUAAAAAGAAAUCUCCGAAAUAUUUUUCUGAAAAUAUUUUUUCUCUCUUUUUUUGUUAAAUUUAACUGAUUAUUUUUUAUAUGACCUUCAUAAGCUUUCAUGUUUUAGCUAAAACAGUUUAAAGCUACAUAUUUUACAUCUUACAACUUUUUUUUACCACAAUAUUUGAUCAAAAAGUUGUUGCUUACCAAAUACAGUAGUAUGUGUUCCAUAUUAUACAUAUGUUUUAGUUAUACACAUUAUGUUCUGUUAUCCGCUCUUUUUAAAAGUCAUCUCAUUGGCUGUAUAUGUCUGUUUAGCCCCGCCCACGUAUAGUAAUAAUGGGUAUGUGUACUCUGUUUUCUUUGUUAUACAUAGAAGCAGCACAUACGAUAUUUUUGUGAUGACAUUUGCACAUAAAGUUCUGGAAAAAAUAAGAGAGCACUUCAGUUUCUGAAUCAGUUUCUCUGAUUUUGCUAUUUAUAGGUAUAUGUUUGAGUAAAAUGAACAUUGUUGUUUUAUUCUAUAGACCACAUUUCUCCCAAAUUCGAAAUAAAAAUAUAUCAUUAAGAGCAUUUAUUUGCAGAAAAUAAGAAAGGGCUGAAAUAACAGAAAAGAUGCCGAGCUUUCAGACCUUAAAUAAUGCAAAGAAAACAAAAAAACCCAAAAAUUUAAGAGUUCUGAAAUCAAUAUUUGGUGGAAUAACCCUGGUUUUAAUCACAGUUUUCAUGCAUCUUGGCAUGUUCUCCUCCACCAGUCUUACACACCGCUUUUGGAUAUCUUUAUGCCACUCCUGGUGCUAUCCAUCUUUCUCUUAUAUUCAUGAUGUUUUCAAAUUGGUAAAAUUAAAGAAACACAUCAUUUUUAAGGGUUUCUUAUUUUUUUCCAGAGCUGUAUUUGCAUCUCAUGUAUUUGGCAUGCAGCAGUUUAGCCCCGCCCACUUACACUGAAGUUAUUGGGGGUGUUCUAGGCAGGACUGAAUUUUUAAACAGGCCCAAAUUGAGCAUUCGCAUACAGGCAUGGUGCCCAGAAUUCUACCCUCACUAGCUAAUGAUUAGGUCUUAAAGAAAGAAGAGACAUUUACUGUUUUUAAGGUCACAAAAUUAGUGCAUUUGCAUAUACCCGCCAAUCGACAGAAAACUAUAACCGUUUUGGCAUUCAUUCACAAAAACAUUUUUUUUUCACACAAACAAAUGAAACACGUUAGCACCCAAAAAACAGAGAGAAAUGAUGUUUUCUUGUCGUAGAAAAACACUUUGAAUAGUGAAGAUUCAUGCUGCAUGUGAAGCACAACCAGAGGGAACAGUGUGUUUCUAGAGUGAAUACCUUUGCACAGAAUAGUACAUACAUGAUAAUGUAUGGAUGUUGUUAUGUAGUGUAUUCAGUUUACAUAAUGAUACAUAAUGAAACUGAAUGAAGGACUGAGAACAGAACGAAGAAUAGAUCUUUAUUUUGAAGAAGGACGUGUAAAAAUAAUAAUAAUAAUAAUAAUACAAAGUUUAUUUUUCAUACUGAUAAAUGUAAAUGUUUAGCUUAUUCCCACAAGAGCAGACGUGUGGCGCCCCCGUGAGGAAAGGAAGGGUAAAUGGUGCCUCUUAUGGAACAGCUUUGGCUGAUUUACACUGAAAAUAGUGAUGCUCUGAGCAUACCUGGUGUGAGUGUGCACAUUUGUCUCUGCAUAAGAAAAAUAUAUCAGAUCUCAGAUGUGAAUGUGUUAAAUCCGAAUUCAGAUCUUAUUUGGAUGUUACAGAUACAAUUUGUACUUUAAAUCCAGAUUCCAGCCCUGGAUGUCAAACACUUGUGUGAAACACUGGUAUGCAUGACACUAAUAUCCAAUCAGUAACAUCAGCAGUUCAGUUUUUUGCCAGUGUUUGUGCAAUCCAGGUGUAGAUUCUGGAUUCAAGACAUAGUUUAGUUUCACAAAUUUAACCAUUUACUUUCCAUCAGAACUGAAUACUGUAAUAAUACCAGUACUGUACAAAUGCAGUUUAAACACCAGUUGGUGAAUAACCUGCAACCUAAACUGCACUUGCAGAGAUUCAUUUUAAUUCACAUAAAUCAUAACAGCUUAUCUGAACAUCUAGAAUCAUGUGUAAUAUAUAGGGAAAGAAAUUUUGUGCACAUUUAAUUCGGGUGAAUUCAGUGCAAUCAGUCAUGCAACAGUGCAAAUCACACAGGUAUGAUCAUUCAAAAACCUUGUAUCUCAUAUUUUUACUUUUCCCCAUAAUGUAAAUCUGGCAGUUGCUCUUUACAUUAUAUCAGAAAUUUCAUGAUGAACGGACCAAAUAGAAAUGCUCCAAAAUGAAUUUUGUAACAUCAACUUCCAUUAAACGUUAAGAAGGUUUUUAUCCUCCUCCUGUAACGUUGCUGUUUUGGAGAUACGAGGAUUUUUGAAAUGUUUAUAUUGUCUGUGAAACAGGAGGAAAACACACACAUCAGUCAUAGUUGAUGUAAAUCGAUAUGACAGUAAUCACCUGAUACUUGACGUAGAGCAGAAGCAGCUGUACAGCAGCUCUCACUGUAAAUGCCAUGAAUGUAUCUCCACCACAGACACUUUCUGUUCACAAGCACUCGUACUGACUUCACUUAGCUAGUCUCACGUCACGGUGCGUCACAGUGUUUGAGAUAACUGUAGCUAGGCCAUAGACACGGACUCGGCUCUAUGCUGGACUGUCACAGGCUAGUUUUGCUCUGUUGCACAAAUCGUACUGACUCUGUAGUUUCUUUGCAUGUUCUUCUUCUGUUCUGUUCGUGCCUUUGUUUGGAAUGUCAUUUUCAGGAAUGUUUUUAGUUCACGUUUAGUCCUUAUUUCUCAGCCGGAGAAGCUUUUUAUAUAUUUCAGUCACGGAUUUGUGUUGUCGCAUUUUUCAUACAUUGUAAAUGUUGUACAGAUACUAGUUACUAUUUGUAUUUAUGUGCCACACAUAAAAAAAAAACAAUAAAAAACACAACUAAAGUGCAAACACAAGAAGCUUUUAUACAGUUUUAUGAUAAAGGCGUAGAGUUUAGUGUGUUGGACGAUUUUUCUUAUGUACCACCCAAUUUAGUGAUUAUAUAUAUAUAUAUAUAUAUAUAUAUAUAUAUAUAUAUAUAUAUAUAUAUAUAUAUAUAUAUAUAUAUAUAUAUAUAUAAAAUGAAGCUUACAGGCAUAAUACUCCUCUACUCCCUCAUCGCUAAGCGUCUUUAGGCCCAUCUGUAGUGAAGGAGGUUUUGUAAUCAGUAGUUAGGCCUCGUAUAUCAAGAGGAAGCGAAAAUGUGUUAUUACAUUUAAUAUUCAUUGUUAGGCACUUUGGUAGCAUCAGAAAUUCAAAAUAAAAGUCUCUACCUACUGAAAUCAUAUAGUAGGGAUGAUAACCGAGGCUGUGUGUUACUGAAAGUAACCGCGGAUUCGUUUCUGAUUAAAGAGGUCAAACCAAACACACUGAUACCUGAUUCUUUUAGCUGAGCUUGUUUUUGUACUUUGAUAGAAGGCUUAUUGCUCAUUUGUCACCACACGUCUCACCAAUUCUUUUGUUAUAACACAAUUAAGUGUUAAUGAUCUUGUUGUGACAAACUGGAAAUAGAAAUAUGUAAUAAACAGUUUGCUUUGGCAUGACUCAA